AGCGGAAGUCCCGGUCGAAAAGUUGAGCGGCGGCGCAGAGCAGUGGGCGCUGGUGCUGCUCGGGUGCACGUGGGCCGCGGCGUGAGAGCGAGGGGCUGGGGGCAGGCCGCCGCGACGAGAGGCGUCCCUUUCCGGCCGCGCGGGCCCCUGGCCACCCGGCUCUGUCGACUAGAGUGGACGCGCGCGCUCGCUGAGACAUGGACACUCCCCCGCUGUCAGGUUCGGACUCGGAUUCUGAUGAUUCUCUGGUCACAGACCGAGAGUUGCAGGAUGCGUUUUCCCGAGGACUCCUGAAGCCAGGCCUCAAUGUCGUGCUAGAGGGGCCGAAGAAGGCUGUGAACGACGUGAGUGGCCUGAAGCAGUGUUUGGCUGAAUUCAAGCGGGACCUUGAAUGGGUUGAAAGGCUUGAUGUGACCCUGAGUCCCGUGCCGGAAGUCAGUGGACCUCAGUCAACACCUCAGAACAAGGAUCAGAAAACUGUUGAUCCAGAAGAUGACUUCCAGCGCGAGAUGAGUUUCUACCGGCAGGCCCAGGCCGCGGUGCUGGCAGUAUUACCCCGCCUCCAUCAGCUCAGAGUCCCUACCAAGAGGCCCAGUGACUAUUUCGCUGAGAUGGCCAAGUCUGAUCAGCAGAUGCAGAAGGUAAGAAAUAAAGGUUUUCUCUGGAAAGCGAAGGCUUUACACUCAAGUGUGAUACCCUAUCACAGCGCUGGCCUCUUGGGAAGCAUAAAGCGUCAAGAACUCAUGGAACUCAUGGAACUCAUGGCGUUGACGGACUGA